CCACCAAACCACCAUACUGGUCCAGUCCAGCUCAGUCAUACGCCGCGAUUCUGCGCGGCUGAAUGAAAGAAGGAAAAAAAAAGAAAAAAAGCAUCGAGGGCAAGCCCCGCCGCCGUCAUGGCUUGUCUUGAACAAAUGCAUAAGAGCAGCUGCUUCGGCACGUCUUGCUGUUGUUGUUGGCUCACUCGCACUUCCUGGAUCACCACCGGGCCGUCAUCAUCACCAGCCUCACAUUCACAUCCACCACCAUCGUGAGCUAGCUCUUAUAUAACCGACCGCCAACAUGGCCAACCUGACCGACCUCGACCGCAUCGCCAUCGGCACUAUCGUGGUCUACGUCCCGGCGCUGGCCGUGGCCGUAACCCUAGCCCUGCGCCACGGCUUCGGCCGCAACGCCGGCUGGCUAUUCCUGGUCGUCUUCUCCGUCGCGCGCAUCCUCGGCAGCGCGCUGCAGCUGGCCACCAUCAACGACCCGACCAACGUCGGCCUCAUCGUCGGCGCCGCCACGCUGCUGUCCAUCGGCAUCUCGGCCCUGGUGCUCGUCGUUCUGGCGCUCAUCGGCCGUGUGCUCGGCGGCAUCGCCCGCCAGGGCACCGGCUACGCCGUCGUCGAGCCGCGUACCCUGCGCCUCGUGCAGCUCGUCGUGCUCGUCGGCCUGAUCCUCGGCAUCGUCGGCGGAACCAAGCUGGGCGACGCCGUCUCCAAGGCCUUCGACGGCCAAGCGCAGGGCCAAGCACCGCCGACAUACUCGAUCCCGGUCGAGUCCAAGGCCGGCCUCGGGCUACUGAUUGCCGGCUACGCCAUCCUCGUCGGCGUCACGAUCGCCGCCGCCGCCCACGUCGGCCACGUCGCCGCCGGCGAGCGCAGGCUGCUGCUGGCCGUCGGGCUCGCCCUGCCGUUCCUGCUCGUGCGCAUAGUCUUCUCCGCCAUGGCCACGUUCGGGUCAGACCCAAACUUCAGGAGCUUCGGCGGCUCGCCAAACUACCCCCACUACCUCAUUGGUAUGGCUAUUGUUAUGGAGAUGGCCACCGUCGCCAUCAUCGAGGCCGUCGGCCUGACCCUGCAGAAGGCGUCCCCCGCCUACAAGGCGCCCGCCGGCCGCCCCGCGGACGAGGUCGAGAUGACGGGCCGCCAGAGGGAUAAUGGAGGGUCGUAUUGAAGGGGCGGCUGGCGGUGAGAUAUCUUCUUGGAUAAGGUUGCCUUUUUUUUGAUAUCUCUUUUGUUUAUAGCAUAGAUGCAUAGAUACCUAGCGAGGGGCUUUGGGGGAC